AUGGCAGAUUCAACACAAGAGCAACGUACUGCUGGUUCGGGCAAUCCCCAGGAACAAGCCAUGACGGACGAAGUGCUUGCCACCAUCAUGUCGACCGACCACCAACAACCAACCGCUUUACAAACAUUGGCUUCCCAACUUGUCACUUUGAAAGAGACGCAAUUACGAGCCUAUACGAGCGCCAAUGUCGAUCCAUUAACCAGUCUCGAUCCCUCUGUUCACACUCUCGGCUAUCUAUUCUUUGUAACGGCAAGGUGUCUAGGCGUGGAUCGGGCAGACCAAGCCCAGUUUUACGUGAAUACCAUGGAUCAUUUCGUCAAUGUAUGUGAUCCACAACAACUUGCAUAUGCACCAGCACGAACAUCGCUUAUUGCCAAAUCCUUGGAACAUCUUGCCAAGAUCAGCAACAAUCACAUGAUUGCUCUUGAGCCAUUAUCAAUCGCUAUUUCCAAGUUGUCACCCAAUCAUGAUAGCCUGACUUGCUUGCAUGCCACAUUUGCAAAGGAAUGCCUACUCGCAAAGAUGUAUCGUUAUCCUCUACCCAUUCUAGAUACUGAUAUUGUCAAUGUGGAUCCUCAGUCCCAUGAUAUUUCCAUCAAAAGCUUCUUACUCUACCAUUACUAUGGUGCCAUGAUCUACAUUGGAAACAAAAACUUUGAACGUGCCAUUGAGUUCCUUGUAUUGACGAUAUCAGCUCCCUCACAUGCAGUGAGUGCCAUCCAAAUAGAGGCCUACAAGAAGUUUAUUCUGACGUCUCUGAUACAUUAUGGCUAUAUUCCCCCGCUUCCAAAAUACACCUACCACAUGAUUGAAAAGACGUUCAAGGCAAAACAUCAACCCUAUAUGAGUAUCGUCGAUGCGUUCGAGUCUAAAGGCGUGGAGCGAUUCAAAUCAGUGAUCGAAACCAACCGAGAAGUGCUUAAUGCGGAUGCCAACAUGGGGUUGGCCAAGCAAUGUUUACAAGCGUUGAGCCGAGAAACGAUCAAGCGACUUACCAACGUCUAUGUCACACUCAGCUUGCGAGAGAUGGCUACCAUGCUAGAACCUAUUGAAGGGGAUCGCCCAUAUACCGAGCAUGAUGUCGAGCGCUUGCUUGUGGAAAUGAUUGAAAAGGAACAAAUUCAUGCAAAGUUGUCGAUUACACAAGGAGAGCAUGGGGAGCAAAUCAAGAUGGUCAACUUUGAGGAGGAACAAGUCCAAGACACUGCUGAAACCACGAAUGAUCUUGAGAAACGCAUCUUUGAUGCUGCUGCUGUUGGCAAACAAAUCUCUAUCAUGGACAAGGCUGAAGGAUUGACCAAGGAUUUCCAAACAAAGUAUAUGAAUAUUAGUAUGCAUGGAGGUGAACCUUUUGGAGGACCUGUAGGAUUUGAUGAAGAAAUGGAAGUGCCUUUGGAUGAGGAUUGA